CGGUGACCCCUUAUCCAGUUUCAUUGUUUGAGAAAAAUGGUGGCAGUGUUCAAUGUGUAUGCACCGCUACCACUGUCGUCUUCCAUUAGAAAAGUAUCAAAAUAUCUUUUUCCUUGUCGCCCAAUAAUUCACACUCAACAUUUCUCUUCUUCUUCUUCUUCUUCGUUAUCAAUUUGUUAUUUCCAAAUUGUAUCUUGUUAUCCUCAGUCUUCUUCCCCAAGGACUCGCUUCAACUUCAAUCCCUCUACCAAACUCUUUGUCAGUGGACUCUCAUUUCGUACAAGUGAAGAGAGCUUAAAAAAUGCCUUCGACGACUUUGGGGAGCUCGUGGAAGUGAAUUUGGUGAUGGACAAAAUUGCCAACAGACCAAGAGGAUUUGCUUUCCUUCGUUAUGCUACGGAGGAGGAAUCACAUAAAGCAAUUGAGGGAAUGCAUGGGAAGUUUCUGGAUGGCAGGGUAAUAUUUGUUGAAGUCGCCAAGCCUCGAUCUGAACUUUGCCGAAUAACAGCUAGACAAUGAUGUAGGCAUGCAUCCCUAAUAAUCAAGACUCAUCUCCAAGGUCCAUAAUAACAUUUAUCAGAAUGUGUCACCAAUUUCUGCUCAACAAGGAAAAUUAAUCUGGACUCAAAAUUUGGCAGAGCACAGCUUUUCUUAAUUAUAGUAUUAUUUGUUUGUAUGGAUCAUAAACUCUGAGAAGACGGCCUCUUCUUGUGGCUUGGAGGAGAAAGCCCUUCCUUUUAGCUAAUUCUCAAUUUUCCCUACCACUUAGGGUGCGGGUGCUCUCUCUGUAUUUCUUCUGUAACGAUUUUUUGGUGGACAUGGUAUUUUUGUGAUAAAAGUUUGUGCUAGUCAUGUAUGUUAAUGCAUUUUCCGUUAUGUCA